AGGACACUGGCUUCUGUAGGCGAGCCUGAAAAUUCUCCGUAGCCACAGGUGCCACGUGGGGUGUCCUGGGAAAGUCACCUGUCAGCAGCGGAGUGGCGGGAACCGCAGCCCGGCGGCGCUGGAACCUCCCAGGAGGAGUGGAAAUGCCUAGACCCUGCUCACAAGGCUCUAUACAGAGAUCUCCUUUUGAAGAAACACAAGAGUCUGGUUUCUGGUGUCAGCAUCUUUCAUGUUUGUUCCAUGGAAAGUUCCAGGUUCUUUUUGAAGAAUCGCUUUCCCUUAUGCAGGUCUUCCACUGCUCAACCAGUCCUGCUCACCUUUCAAUUAGAACAACGAGCCCUGGAUGGUGUAGAGAGAGGAGACAGUGGCAAAGGAUCCAGCUUGUUACUUUUGACACCUUGAUGUGAAUUGUCAAGAAGAGUGCCAGUCUUUGUUCCUAAGACUGAGAAGAGCAACCGAAAAAAUGGAUGGUUCUCCUGGAAAUGCACCACAGAGUCUGUUGACAUUCAACAAUGUGUCUGUGGACUUUUCCCAGGAGGAGUGGGAAUGUUUAGACUCUUCUCAAAGGGCUCUCUACAUGGACGUAAUGUGGGAGAAUUACAGCAAUCUAGUUUUUAUAGAGAACCAUUGCGUAUGUGGUAAAUACGAGAAAGCCUUGGAUCAAGGUUCAAAGCAUAUUGUCCACCAAAAUGUGAAUACCCAAGACAAUUCUUACAAAUGUUAUAAGCUUGGUGAAAUGAUUCAUAAAUCCUCCCAAGUUGUGCCUAAUAACACAAGUGAUACUACAGAAAACUGCAAGGAGUACAGAAGUGGUAACCACAGUGAUGCCUCUAAUGAAUCAUCAAACCCUAAAAGAUAUAAAAGUGGGAUCCCCGCAGAAGAACAAUAUAAAUAUAAAGAUUAUGGGGAGUGUUUAAAUUUGUGCCCUAUCAUUAGCCAAUAUCAACGAAUCCAGACUGGAAAGAAAGAACACAAAAAUACAGAGUAUCAUGAAGUUUUUAACUCUAAACAUAAAUUAAAGGUGAAACAAAUCCAUAGGGGAGAGAAACCAUACCAAUGCAGGAAAUGUGGGAAAUGUUUCAGGACCUAUUUGAGCCUCCGUAGACAUCAGAGACCUCAUCCUGGAGAGAAACACUACAAGUUUACAGAAUGUAGUAAGUCCUUUCUCUAUUUGUCACACCACAAAGUACAUUACAAAAUCCAUUAUGGAGAGAAAUCCUACAAAUGUACAGAAUGUGGUAAGUGCUUUUAUCAAUCAUUGGGACAUCAUACUGGAGAGGAGACUUACAAAUGUAAUGAUUGUAGAAAACCCUUCAUCUGCUACUUAGGUCUUAGAGAACAUCAGAAUAUUCCUGGAGGAGAGAGGCCUUAUGAAUGUAAACAAUGUAGUAAGUCCUUCUGUACAUUGUCACACCUUGAAUACCAUUGCAGAACCCACAGUGGAAAGAAACUUUACAGAUGUAAUGAAUGUGGCAAAUCCCUUUCCACCUCCUCGGGUCUUCAAAGACAUCAAAGAAUUCAUACAGGAGAGAAAUCUUAUAUAUGUGGUGAAUGUGACAAAUGCUUUAUCCAGAAAUCCCAGCUUAAAACACAUCAAAAAACUCACACAGGAGAAAAAACUUACAAAUGUAGUGAAUGUGGGAAAUCCUUUACUGUUGGCUCAUCUCUUAGAAUACAUCAAAGAAUUCACACGGGAGAGAAACCUUAUAAAUGCAGUGAAUGUCACAAAUGCUUUAUCCAGCAAGCCCACCUUAGAAGACAUCAGAAAACUCAUACAGGGGAGAAACCUUACAAAUGUAGUGAAUGUGAGAAAUCCUUUACCGUUGGCUCAGAUCUUAGAAUGCAUCAGAAAAUUCAUACUGGAGAGAAACCAUACAAAUGCAGUGAAUGUGACAAGUGCUUUAUACAGAAAGCCAAGCUUAAAAAACAUCAGAGAAUUCAUACAGGAGAGAAACCUUACAAAUGUGCUGAGUGUGAGAAAUGCUUUACUGUUGGCUCAGAUCUUCGAACACAUCAGAAAAUUCAUACUGGAGAGAAACCUUACAAAUGCAGUGACUGUGACAAAUGCUUUAUCCGGAAAGCCAACCUUAGAAGACACCAGAGAAUUCAUUCAGGAGAGAAGCCUUACAAAUGUAGUGAGUGUGAGAAAUGCUUUAUCCAGAAAGCCAAUCUUAGAACUCAUCAGAGAAUUCAUACAGGAGAAAAACCUUACAAAUGUAGCGAAUGUGGAAAAUCCUUUACCGUUGGCUCAGAUCUUAGGAAGCAUCAGAAAUGUCAUACUGGAGAAAAACCUUACAAAUGCAAUGAAUGUAACAAAUGUUUUAUCCGAAAAGCCCACCUUAGAAGACAUCAAAGAAUCCACACAGGAGAGAAACCUUACAAAUGCAGUGAAUGUGACAAAUGCUUCAUCCAGAAAGCCAAUCUUAGAACACAUCAGAAAAUCCAUACAGGAGAGAAACCAUACAAAUGUAGUUACUGUGACAAAUGCUUUAUCCAGAAAGACCAUCUUAGAACACAUCAGAGGCUUCAUACAGGGGAGAAACCUUACAAAUGUAGUGAAUGUGACAAAUGUUUUGCUGGUGGCUCAGUUCUUAGAAAACACCAGAAAAUUCAUACUGGAAGAAAUCUUACCAAUGCAGUGAAUUUGGCCAAUCCCUUAUCCAGGAAGCCCACCUUAGAACUCAUCAAAGAAUUGAUACAGGAGAGAAACCUUAUAAAUGCAAUGUAUAUAACAAACUCUUUACCUGUCUCUCAAGUCUAAGAAAACAUCAAGAAAUACAAACUGAAGACACAACUUUCUAUACUAAGUAAUAUGGCAUAUGCUUUAUCCAAACUCUGUCUUUAUGGACCACUACAGCAUCCACCCUAGGGAAUUAUUAUGUACAUGAGAAAUGUGUGAAAGCCUUUGAGUAAUGUUCGAAUCUUAGGAAACAAAAUCUAGACUUAUUUCAGAAAAAUUCUGCAAAUGUGACUAAUGUAGGAAAUUUUUCAUUAAAAUGUUUUACUUUCUCACUGUCAAAUAAUUCAUAAUGAAUACAAAAUGGAGAAGCCUGAAGAAUGUGCUGUUGUUUGUCAGUUUUCUGGAGACUGUAGGGAAGAUGAUUAAGAUUGUAAAUAAAAACUCAAAAUAGUUUCCAGAUGUCCCUGAAACUGUCAGGAAUCACUAUGCUUAAUUCCAUUGAAGAAACUUAUACCGGUCUUGCUGUAUAGAAUAAUUGAGCCAGUAAGAUACAAUACAUAUAGAUAAUGCCUACAGGUGUGUAGUAUUCUCUGGGUGUCCAGUGUUCAUAAGCUGUAUUUUGUGCUGGUUUGGUAUUUCAUGAUGGCAAUUGUCUUCGAUUCGCUUUUGUUCUUGUAAACAAUUCCAUUCUUGUAUUUAUGUAAGUAAUACCAUUAAAACCAUUGGUUCAACUAGAUGGAUUUCAGUGGCAAGCAUACUUGGUUCUGUUGUCAGUUCCCAUUUUGGCUGAGUGGGUGCAUAUGAAUGCUAUAUCUUCCCUGGAAAAGUCUCUCCUACAACAUGUGCUGUAACUCUUAAUUGUUUCUCCAAACUUGUAUAUCAGAAAAUAAAUAUUGGAGAGAAAGCAUUUGGGUCAACUAAAGUAGGGCAGAUUGUUUGUCCUCACUGCUCCAGGCUUACUAUUAUGGUAGUACAUAGUCCCACAGAAAGGGGUUCAACACAGACAAAAUGUUGAGGAUUAGGGAGCCCAAGAAAGAAGACCACUCUCCCUUGCAUUCACGAAGGACAGUGAGUGGUCUGCAAUGGGACAAAUGAAAAUAUUAGUGCAAGCCUGUGUUAUUGAAGGACAUCAUCCAAACUGGGCUAUGCUUAUGCAUGAUCAUUAACUCAUGUAUAGACUCCACAAGUCAGUCAGUCUCAACUAACCCUCAGUACAUUGCUGUCCAUGGGUAAAUACUGAACACAAUUGUGCUAUCAUCACAUCCCGUUUUACCUUGAAAUUCCACUCCAUGAGCCUCAAUGAAUGAAUCAAAUUCCAUUUGUUAAAUUCUUUAUACAGUGCCAAUAUUGCAGACAUACCAGAAAAUUCAACAUGAAAUAAAACCCAAGAAAGUACUUUAAAACGACAUAUAUUCAGCUUAAUUCUAUGUGUGAAUUCAUCUAUACAAAUAUCAAGAGACUACAAAACUUUAAAAAAAGUGACCCAUAAGCAAGAAAAGAUGUACAUGCUCGUACACUGCUCAGACAUCCCCAAGGGUGUGCUGGGAGAGCAUUCUGAAGUACCGAAAAAGAUGGUGAAAACAGCAAGGCUCAAAAAGUUUAGACUUUAGACAAGGUAACAUGUUACAAUGAGCAAAAACCAUACCAUUGCCUAAGUUUUUCAUGGAUUUUAUUACAAGCAGAUACUCAUAUUCAACUAAUAGGGAAGUAUUGUUUAAGAACGUUUGGUGUUCUCAGUUUUGGAGUUUGGUAAAACAUGAACACAGUCUUAGUACAAUCUUGAGUUUAUUCAUGCUCUUGUUGGCCAAAGACGAUGUGAUAAUUUGUACUAAUUACUGAUGUUUUAGGGAUGAGUAAUCUGAUGCAGGAUACAGUAAAAAUUUAAUCUUCUGGUCUGGCUUUAGCAAUCUGUAGAAUGCAACCAACUCAACAGACACUUGGGAUGCCAAUGUUGGGUGUUCCCUAUAUCAAGAUGCCUCUGCUUGAUGACAUUAGAUUAUUUUCCUAUGUAAUUCAGCAAAGAUUUCCAGGGGUCAAUUCAUAAAUGUAUACAAUGAAGAUAUCUGACCUUGUACUCCUCAUACAAUCUUUUUUUCUUUGUUCUGUACUCAUUAAUACAAAGUUCUGGUGUAAGAUAGGAGCAACACCUGGGAAGCUAGGUAGAACAGGUCUGGCAGCUACAGAGCUGUGGAGAAGGUAGUCUGCACAGAGUGGGCAAAUUAGGUAUCAGUGAAGCUGGGACAAUCACCUGAUCUGAGGAGUGAUGAAAAUUUCAGAAGCAACCUCAUUUGUGCAAGUGGAUGGUGAAAUCUAGACUAUAGGAGCCAUGUUACCUGAACCAGGGCAUGAUGUUCCAGAAAACCCUGCACUCCCAGAGGGACCUCUAAUAACACAGGUGUCAUCUCCAUAUCUUGUAGGGACAGGAAAGCUCCCCUCAGCUGAAGGACACCUUGUGUGGCUUCUGAAAGAGUUACAGUCAGGAGUGCAGUGGGGGAGCCUGAAGCCCAGUGGAGGUGAAGGACUGGGAAACAGGCAUGGGAAACCUAACCAGGGGUUUAACUAGUUUUUCUGCUGCUGUGCAGACUGUCAAAUUCUGUUGUGGAUAUCCGCCCUUGUCUGUAAUGUUUAGACCAUAUGAAAUGGAGUUAUUGGGAUUCUUUUCAUGUAUAUUAUGGUUGCCAGUAUAGUCACAGAAGAAUAAUCUGUAAUCAGGGUUCUCAUGCUAUUGUGGCAAUUACAGAGCUCCUGGAAUUUAAAUUCACCCAUAAUUUCUAACUUUGCCAUUCUAUUACCUAUUCAAGAGAGUGAAAUUUGUUCCUGUGACUAGUAUCCCAAUGGCUGCUUAGAAAUUAGUCCCAUGAUGCUGGGUGGUGGUUAUGCAUACCUUUAAUCCCAAGCAUUUGGGAAACAGAUGCAGGCGUAUCUGAGUUUGAGGCUAGCUUGGAUUACAGAGCAAGUUCCAGGACAGCUAGGGCUGUUAAACAGAGAAAGCCUAUCUU